AAAGUUUGAAACUAGUUUCCAUGAGACUCAAUGGUAGUCUAGAAAAUACUUACUUGUCAAAUUUGGAGAGCGUGGAGACGUUAGAUAUUACUCUUACCAAAUUAAUAUUAACCAAUGAAUCGUUUGAAGGAACACCUCGUUUAACAAAAUUAUAUCUUAGAGAAAACUACAUAGAAGAUAUACCUGCGGGUGUGUUCAAACCACUCACUCUUUUACAAAUAUUAGAUUUAGGCGAUAAUAAGAUAACCAAAAUAAAUAGUGAUCUAUUUUAUGGUAUUCCAUUGAAACGUUUGAAUUUGGACACAAAUUAUUUAACAUCUUUGGACCUAAAUUCUCAGAGUCUGAAUAAUUUGGAUGUAGCCAAUAAUAGAAUUACUUCUUUAACUGUUGGACGUCUUAACCAACUUCUUAAUAUAUCGUUAAACAAAAAUAUUUUAGUAACAAUGCCUGACCAAACAUUUAAAAACACUUCUUUAGUGUCAAUCAGAUUCAGCUAUGGUAACUUUACCACUAUACCUCAAAGAUUUUUAACAAAUUUAGACAGAUUACUUAAUGUUUAUCUCACGUCUUUAAACAUAGAAAAGGUACCCGAAAAUAUGAUUUGGGAUUCACAAAAUAUUACAAAUUUAUCUUUAGCUUCAAAUCGUUUGAAAGAACUACCAGUGAUGUUUUUUCGGGAUGCUAGGAAAUUAAAAUUGUUAGAUUUAUCUAAAAAUCAAAUUGAAAAUAUCAAUCAUGAGUUACUAGGACCAUUAAUAAAUCUAGAAACCUUAGAUUUAUCCAAUAAUUUAAUAAUCAAAAUUAAUAACUACAGUUUAAAGCACUUAAGAAACUUGAAGUACCUCAAUUUGGAAAGAAAUAAGAUAACAAAUAUUAAUCGGGAAGCAUUAAAUGUCCCGAAAUUAAAAACAUUAAAAUUGGCUUAUAAUAAAAUAAGUAACUUGACCCCAAAUAACGUAUUCUCAUUAUAUUAUUUGGAUCAAGUUGAAACUAUUGAUUUAUCAAACAAUUUUAUAAAUUGUAUUGAUCCUGGUUGGGUAAAUUUGAUUAAGUUAAUUUAUAUUAAUCUUUCAAGUAAUAACUUCACUGUACUCAGAAUACAAGAUAUACAGUAUGUAAAUGAAAUUGUAAAAACUAAUCUUAACAAUAAUCCAUUAGAAGUAAUUGAUUUGUCAAACUUAGAAAUAUUUGCUAAAGCACAAUCGCCACCAUAUAAUUUCUGGAAUAAUAGACAAAUAAAUCUGUCUGGUGAUAAAUUCAUUUGUGAUUGUCGUAAUUAUGAGUAUGCAAGAUUUUUACAUAACCAAAUGCCAAAAAUAGUAUACAAGUACUUACAAAUUGAACAAAAAUUGAUUUGCAAUGAUGGUCUGGGCACAGAAUUUUCAAACCUGAAUAUCGAAAGUUUAACAUGUGACUGGAAAAUUUUUGAGGAUGUAGACAAGACUGACUGUUUUGAAUGUGAGUGUACUUACCGCCCUCAUGACAAAUCUGCCCUGAUGAAUUGUUCAAAUAGAAAUUUAAUAGUGGCACCGGAAGUAAUAAUUUCAAGUAGAAAUGUUAAUUAUACGGAACUGAACUUAAGAAAUAAUUCUAUCACCAAGUUACCAAACUAUGAAAAUUUAAACAUCAAGAAGUUAAAUAUUGGUUAUAAUAAUUUAAAUACCAUUAACAUAACGCAGUUACCUAAAUAUCUUACGGUGAGUUGAUGAAACUAG